GCUGCGUGAUGCUUCUUAUGGUUGUUUGUUCUUCUAGUCGUGUUUGACCGCGUUUGGCUCAACCGCGACAUUUGUUGUAGUCUUUUCAUGUUAUUGCUUACUUUCCUUGAACGCAUUUUACUCCUUGUGGGUGCCCUUGUCCUCAUUGGACAAGCAUAUCUGAAUUUCUAUCCCUCUUUACGGCGCUGCGCCUUUGCGCGUCCAGAUGCGGGAGCACCCAGGCAUGCUGAGCAUAAAGCCACGAGCAUUAACGUGGCCAACCAUAGUCUCGCUCCUUUUCGUUUGCUAGCAUUAGGGGAUCCACAACUUGAGGGAGAUUCUUCACUCCCAAAUCCCAAAGAAUCAUUGCUUCAAUCACUUGUGGAUGUCUGGACGAAUCGUGUGAAUUAUGACUCACCGUUUGGGUUCGCGCGUGAUUUUCGUCAAGCCUUUUACGUUUUAUUGACCGAAGACCUGCCCCAGCUUUUCAAGUACUAUCGAAAACGCUUGGAUCUUCUCGGAAAUGAUUAUUACCUUGGCCAAAUAUACAAGACCAUCCGACGAACGACGCAACCGACGCAUAUCACCAUCCUGGGUGACUUGCUAGGAAGUCAAUGGAUCUCCGAUGAAGAAUUUGGAAGGCGCAGUAACCGAUUCUGGGCGACCGUCUUCGCGGAUGCGCUAAGGGUGGAAGAUCAUUUAAUGAUCGAACCCAGCACACAAAAUCUCGGAGAAGACCUCAAUUGGAGUCGGAGACUCAUCAACGUAGCUGGUAACCACGAUGUUGGGUAUGCCGGUGAUAUGACCGAGGAAAGAGUCCAAAGAUUCGAGUCUCACUUCGGGAAGGCGAAUUGGGAAGUACGAUUCCAGCUACCGUCUGAACAACUAAAAGAUGCGCACGACAAGAUUCAGAGCGUUCCUGAACUGAGACUCAUUGUCCUCAACUCUAUGAACAUGGACUCUCCCGCCUUUGAUGCCAGCUUGCAACAGCAAACAUAUGACUUUCUAAACAAAGCUAUCACAACGUCUCGUCCAGUGGAGGAUAGAAGCUCAGCCACAAUUCUCCUCACACAUCUUCCUUUGUAUAAGGAAGCUGGCGUGUGCGUAGACGGCCCAAUGUUUAAUUUCUGGGGUAGCGAAUAUGGCGGCGGAGUGCGAGAACAGAACCAUUUGAGCUAUGAGGCGGGAAAAGGCAUCCUCGAAGGUCUCUAUGGGAUGAGUGGUAAUGCCAAUGCUCCUGGGCAUGGUAUGGGCCGUAAUGGUGUCAUUCUUAAUGGACAUGACCACGAGGGCUGUGAUACAUAUCAUUAUAUAUCGGCUCACACCAACGGCAAUGGAGGCGAAUGGAAGGCAAUGAGGUCUAAUGAAGCUUCCAGUAUAGCCAGCGACAAUCAUGUUCCGGGUGUUCGAGAGAUCACUGUUCGAAGCAUGAUGGGCGACUAUGGCGGAAACGCCGGCCUAUUGAGUGGCUGGUUUGACACGGAUAUUGGAGAAUGGCGAUUUGAGUAUAAGACGUGCCCUCUUGGAAAGCAGCACAUUUGGUGGGCCGUGCAAGUGCUUCAGUUAAUCGGUCUUCUACUUUGUUUCUGCAUUCUCAUACUGCUCGUCUCCAAAAGAGCUAGACGGCAAUCGGUGCAGGUCACUGAUGGCAAGAAGGCAGGUCCGCCUGCCCGAAAAAUUCCUACUCGUAAUGGGUUUUCUACAGGACUCGACGCCUCUGUUGGUCGCCGGGCCAAUGGUAGAGUGCCUAAACCUGUAAACAGACAGGCUAUGUCUUAAUGUUUCUGCCAAUGCGCCAGAAUCAUUCAAUCUAAUAUAUCCGCCAUGUGUAACUGACAUGGAAUCUGCAUCUGGGAAGCUUUUGGACAUGGGUAUGACAGCAUAUGUACUGCAUUUCUGUAGAAUAUUUCCAGACAAUUUUCUGAGACCACGCUCUUGUAUAAGGUACUUGAUGUACUAUCUAGCGUUCAAAGAAUUGAAAAACGAAGAGAGGGGCAUUCUACCUCGGC